CUCACUUUACCUAAGGUUUCUACAAUGGAUAUUAUGGAAAAGACUGCGUUUAUAACAGGCGCAGCUCAGGGUAUCGGAGAAGGUUUUGCAGGAGAACUGUUGCGUCAAGGUGCCAAGGUUUGUAUAGCUGACAUAAACACAGACAAGGCGAAUGCAACUGUUAAUAAUUUUAAACAGAAAUAUGGUAACGAUAAAGUUUUCUGUGUAAAAAUGGAUGUCACCAACCCUCAAGAGUUCGAAGAUGGAUUUAAUGAGGCCAUAUCAAGAUUUGGUAAUAUAGAUAUUAUGAUCAAUAAUGCUGGUAUUGUAGAUGAAAGUCAAUUUGCACAUGUGAUUGAUAUCAAUUAUACUUCGGUGGUAAGGGGGACAAAUUUGGCUAUAGCUCAUAUGAAUAAAUUAAAUGGUGGCAAAGGAGGUACAAUUGUUAAUAUGGGGUCUACGGUUGCUUUUGAACCAGGCCAUAUAUUUCCUGUUUAUUCUGGAACUAAAACUGCUGUAGUUGGAUAUACUACAAGUUGGGCUGCGAAUCCAACUGUCAAAGAAAUGGGCAUCAGCUUUUCGUGUAUUUGUCCACACGCUACAGAUACCAUGAUGUUAGACAAUAUAUUACCACACCAUGCAGUUAAUAUGCCAGAAAACCUCAAGGGUAUACUUGCCGAUACUGUUGGAAUUUGUCCCAUCAGUCUACUAGCGGAAGCUUUAACAACGCUAUUGGGGAAGGAAAAUAACAAUGGCAUUUUACUGUUCGUUAACAAAUUUCGAGGAAUUCAAUUUGUAACAAGACACUAUAAUCCCAAUGAAUAAAUUAAUUUUAUUUUC